AUGCACCCGGCGCGUGAUACAGAACCCGGAGGAGAUCUUCCUACGCCCCAACAACCUGCGGCAACGACUGCAGCAUCUCCGGGAUCGGCGUCCGCCUCCCGGUCCGCCACUGCUCACCCCGCAUCGUCCACGUCCGCUGCAUCGGGGGGGAGCGGGGCACAGCCUGCAGCGACGGUCCCGGUGGCACAAGCUGAGGCGGCCGCGGCUAUGCCUCCUGAAGCACCUCCCGAUCAACAUCUCCGCACGCGAGCUCAACAUGAAAAAACAACUCAAGCUCUUUUACAAGAUCUAAAUUCGGAGUUUGCACUUAAAGAUCUCGGUGAGCUGCAUUAUUUUCUGGGCAUUGAAGUGAAGAAGAAUAGAGGCGGAAUCAUUCUUUCGCAGGAGAAAUACAUUGCUGAUAUUCUAAAGAAAGCCGGGAUGGAAGUGCAGAAAUCGUCAGCUGUGGCUAUGGAGAGAGGGAGAGGAAAGAUCAUCACCAAAAAGCCAUCGAAUGACAAAAUUACCCUCGAACAGUUCGUCUCCACAAUGGCCCCUCUCAUCGACAUGGAAAAGGAAGCUGAGAUAUCUCUUUCCAUGAGCUCGGGGGCGGUUAGAUGCUUGGACAGCGCUCAAAGGAAGGGGUCCACUAUCCUGAAUUUGAAGUGUGUAGAUGCUCAGACAGGAUUGAUGGGGAAAAGUUUGCUCGAAUUCCAAUCUAACAAAGGAGAUGUGCUCCCUCCUCACAAGUUUGGAACUCAUGAUGUUGUGGUUUUGAGGCCAAACAAAUCUGAUCUGGGGUCUCCUCCUCUAGGGCAGGGUGUUGUUUACAGAAUAAAGGACUCAUCCAUUACUGUUGCCUUUGAUGACAUACCAGAAGAAGGUUUGAAUAGUCCCCUACGACUUGAAAAAGUUGCAAAUGAGGUGACAUAUCGUCGGUUGAAGGAAACGUUGAUUCAACUAAGUAAAGGCGUGCAAAAAGGUCCUGCUUCCGAUCUAGUUCCUGUUUUAUUUGGAGAGAGGAUACCAACAGUGUCCAAGAAGGAUGUCAAGUUCACUCCUGUUAACAAGAACCUUGAUCAUUCUCAGAAAGAUGCUAUCUCAAAGGCUCUAUCAUCCAAGGACCUCUUUUUGCUGCAUGGACCUCCUGGAACAGGGAAAACUACUACUGUGGUAGAAAUUAUCUUACAAGAAGUCAAGCGUGGAAGUAAAAUUCUUGCUUGUGCUGCAUCCAAUAUUGCCGUCGAUAACAUUGUGGAGAGACUUGUACCUCAUAGAGUGAAGCUGGUAAGAGUUGGGCAUCCUGCACGCUUACUUCCUCAAGUAUUGGACAGUGCUUUAGAUGCGCAGGUUUUGCGUGGGGAUAAUAGUGCACUUGCAAAUGACAUUCGCAAGGAGAUGAAGGCUUUGAAUGGUAAACUUUUAAAAGCUAAAGACAGAAACACUAAAAGAGAUAUUAGGCGGGAACUUAAGACUCUAUCCAAAGAGGAGCGCAAAAGGCAGCAGCUGGCUGUGACUGAUGUGCUUAAGAAUGCUGAUGUGGUGUUGACAACCUUGACCGGUGCAUUGACUAAGAAGUUAGAAAACUUUUCAUUUGAUUUAGUUAUUAUUGACGAAGCUGCUCAGGCAUUAGAAAUUGCAUGCUGGAUCGCUCUUUUGAAGGGUCCUAGAUGUAUAUUAGCUGGAGAUCACCUUCAGUUACCCCCAACUAUUCAAAGCAUUGAAGCAGAGAAGAAAGGCUUAGGACGAACCCUUUUUGAACGUCUUGCAGACUUGUACGGAGAUGAUGUCACGUCCAUGCUUACUGUUCAGUACCGUAUGCAUGAACAUAUCAUGAACUGGUCAUCUGAAGAACUCUAUCAUGGCAAGAUUAAAGCUCAUGCAAGUGUUGCUGCCCAUACCUUGCAUGAGCUUGAGGGUGUCAAGAAGACAGCUUCAACAGAGCCAACUCUUAUUCUCAUCGACAUAGCUGGUUGUGAUAUGGAAGAGAAGAAGGAUGAAGAAGAUAGUACGCUAAAUGAGGGUGAAGCUUCAGUCGCUAUCGCACAUGCUAAGAGACUUGUGGAGAGUGGAGUUCAAGCCGUCAACAUAGGAAUUAUUACACCUUAUGCAGCACAGGUUGUCCUGCUGAAGAUGUUAAGAGGCAAAGAAGAUAAGCUAAAAGAUAUGGAGAUAUCUACAGUUGAUGGGUUUCAGGGACGUGAAAAGGAAGCAAUUAUCAUUUCAAUGGUCCGGUCAAAUUCAAAGAAUGAGGUUGGUUUUUUGAGUGAUCGCAGGAGAAUGAAUGUUGCAGUGACUCGAGCAAGGCGACAAUGUUGCAUUAUUUGUGACACAGAGACUGUUAGUGGUGACAAAUUUUUGAAGCGUUUGAUCGAGUACUUUGAGAAACAUGGUGAGUAUUUGAGUGCCUCUGAGUACGGUACUGAGUAA